AUGGAUUAGAGGUUGGUCUCUAUGUCGAAUUGGGUUGCUUCAGAACAAGAGGCCUUGUAGCGUUCUUACUAUACUCAGGAGGAUCCAGACAGAUCUGCUGUGACUCCAGAUUAACCCAUAUUCUGAUAUACCCUGAUAGAUGAAAUAGGCAUCUGUCCUUCCACAAUGGUUGUUCCUGAAUCCCAGGGGAAAUUAUACUACCCUCCUGAUGACCUGAAGAGUGAUGCUCAUGUGCCUGAUUUUAACUCGUAUCUGGCACUGUACAGGAAGUCACUUGAAAAUCCAGAAGCUUUCUGGAAAGAGAUUGCUAAUGAGUUCUUUUGGAAGAAGCCAGCAACAGGACCAAUGCUGAAGUACAACUUUGAUGUGACAAAAGGGAGCAUUUAUGUUAAAUGCAUGGAAGGGGCCAAAACCAACAUUUGCUAUAAUGUCCUGGACAGGCUUGUGAGGGAGAGGAAUCUUGGUGAAAAGGUUGCCUAUUACUGGGAGGGGAACUCCCCUGACCACCACAUGGCCAUCACCUACCACCAGCUGCUGAGCCAGGUCUGCCGUUGUGCUAAUGUCCUCAAGCAGAUGGGUGUAAAAAAGGGAGACAGGGUGUCUAUCUACCUUCCCAUGAUCCCAGAGCUGGUGUACACCAUGUUGGCCUGUGCAAGGAUCGGCGCUGUUCACUCCAUUGUGUUUGCAGGCUUCUCCUCCGAGUCACUGUGCGAGAGGAUCGUGGACGCCCAGAGCGGCGUGCUGGUGACAGCAGACGGUGUUUACAGAGGGGAGAAGCUGAUCGACCUGAAACAGAUUGCGGACAAGGCUCUGGAGAAGUGCAGGGAAAAAUCCUCAUCUAGUGUCACUAAAUGCCUCGUCGUCAAGCACCAUGCAGCUGAAUGCAACAAACUACAGGUGACCUCCUGGAACUCGGGCUGUGACGUGUGGUGGGACGACGUGAUGAGGGACUCUUCUGAAGAGUGUGAGCCCGAGUGGCUGGAUGCUGAGGAUCCGCUGUUCAUCCUCUACACCAGCGGCUCCACUGGGAAACCCAAGGGUGUCCUGCACACUGUUGCCGGGUAUCUACUCUAUACGUCGCUGACCUUCAAGUACGUUUUCGACCAUCACCAUGACGACGUGUACUGGUGCACCGCCGACAUCGGCUGGAUCACCGGCCACUCCUACAUCACAUACGGCCCGCUUGCAAACGGCGCCACAAGUGUCCUCUUCGAAGGUAUUCCGGUUCACCCUCAUGUCGGCCGGUUCUGGGAGAUCAUUGAGAAGUACAAAGUGACCAAGUUCUACACAGCUCCGACAGCCAUCCGCCUGCUGAUGAAGUACGGACGGGAACCUCUGCAGAAAUACGACCUCUCCAGCCUGAGGAUUCUGGGCACCGUUGGCGAGCCGAUCAACCCGGAGGCGUGGCAGUGGUACCACGAGGCCGUCGGUCAGGGCAGAUGUCCCGUCGUCGACACUUUCUGGCAGACAGAGACCGGAGGUCAUGUUUUGACUCCUCUGCCUGCUGCCACGCCACUGAAACCAGGCUCUGCUACCUUCCCUUUCUUUGGAGUAGACCCCACAAUCCUCAACGAACAUGGAGAGGAACUGGAAGGCGAGGGCGAGGGUUAUCUCGUAUUUAGGCGUCCUUGGCCCGGAAUAAUGCGCACCGUGUACGAAAACCACGAGCGCUUCGAGAACACCUACUUCAAAAAGUUCCCGGGUUUCUAUGUAACUGGUGACGGAUGCAGGCGGGACAAAGACGGCUAUUACUGGAUCACGGGGAGGAUAGACGACAUGCUGAAUGUGUCAGGCCACCUGAUGAGCACAGCGGAGGUGGAGGCCGCUCUGACGGAGCACCCGGCCGUGUCGGAGGCCGCGGUGGUGAGUCGGCCGCACAAGGUGAAGGGCGAGUGUCUGUACUGCUUCGUCACCCUGAAGGCCAGCAGGGAGUUUAACCACAAACUGGUGGAGGAGCUCAGGAGACUGGUGAGAGAGAGAAUCGGACCAAUCGCCACGCCGGACUUCAUUCAAAAUGCUCCAGCACUCCCGAAGACCCGCUCGGGGAAGAUCAUGAGGCGAAUCCUCCGGCAGAUCGCCCGCAACGACAAGGACCUGGGCGACCUUUCGACCCUGGCCGACCCAAAGGUGGUGGAGGAGCUGUUCAGCCAGAGAUGUGAAGCCCCGGCCUGAACAAACACAUCGUGCUCUACAGCGCGCUUUAAGACAAAACACAAACGGCUGGUUAGUGAAUGCAGGCGCUGGGAUCUGAUAUCGCUGCCAUGGGGACGUUUAAAUGUUGUGUUUUUUUAAUGCCUAGAAGAGAAAGAGUAGAAAACAGUUGAUUUGAAUGAAAUAUCUGUGGUUGCUUUUGCAAGCUAAAAUGUGUAAAGAAACUAGUCAUAGAAAUUGUUUUCUCAACAGACCUCCAAUGUAUAUUUUCAAUGUGUGAUACAUUUCUAUGACGUAAGAAUGAAGGGGUUUUAUCUGUUGCCUUUGUCCGUUUCCUUUCAAGCUCAGCAGUUAAUUGGCCCCCUCAUGUGGCAGGAAUCCUCCUCUACAUUUGCUAUCUGAUGGUUUACUGUGAAACGUACUCUCCUGCCUCCUGUCUUCUAAUGAUGCACAGAUCACACACACUUUGUGUGCGGCAGGCAGCUGUGAUUACAGCAAAGAAGGAUGCAGAACCAAAUAAAGGGUUGUUCCAUCAGAAGUG